AUGGAACAUUUAAAAUUAGCUUCGAAUCAUAGUUUAAAUCGAGAAUAUAAACUAUGUGUUCUUGGUGAAGGUGCUGUUGGAAAAACUUCUCUUGCAACACAAUUUGUACAAGGUAUUUUUAUUGGUAAAUAUGAUCCAACUAUUAAGGAUGUUUUUAAAAAAAUUGUUGAAAUUGAUGGAAAACAAUUUAUUGUCGAAAUUCUUGAUACAGCUGGAAUGGAAAACUUUACAGUAAUGCGUGAUUUAUAUAUAGAAAAUAGUGAUGGUUUUGCUAUUGUUUAUUCAAUAACAUCUCUAGUAA